UUUUGUCAAUAUUGCCUUAAAACUAGGAGAACAAAAUUUCAUAAACUCGGAUGAGGUGAUGCAUAAUAUUACUACCGGGGAGAAUACAAUAAAAGCGAAUACAAUUAAUUCGUCUCCUGAGGAGAAUACAAUAAAAGAAAAUACAAUUAAUUCGUCUCCUGAGGAGAAUACAAGAAAAGAAAAUACAAUUAUUUCGUCUUCUAAAGAGAAUACAAUAAAAGAAAAUACAAUUAAUUCGUCUCCCGAAACACCACUAACAGAGGAUGAGAAAAUUAACAUAAAGUACUGCCAAGAAAAAACAUGUAAAUUCCUGUUUCCAUAUCAGUACCCAGAACAAGAGACCCGUGCCAACAUUCACGCUCGCUCUUACACACAAUUAGCGCGAUCUUUAAAUCGUACAUUAGUCAUAGCAAACGUUGGAAAUUCAAGAAUUAGAGCAUGUGGUCUAUAUCCAUUCGACUUUUAUUAUGAUUUAAAAGCAUUCAAAAAAGAUUAUCCGGACAUUCGAUUUUUAACUCAAGAUAAAUUUUUGGAAUGGAUAGAAGAAAGAAAAAUUCAACCAAUUGCACAGCAUUCACGG